AUGCCCGUGGACCGCAACCGUCCUGCCGGAAUUCCAUCUCGAGCGAUCGACCGACCCCAUGCAGUGAAGAAGCCGUCGGGACUGAACGUCACACGCUUUAUCGCUCGCGAGGAAGAGCUGCACCAGGCACGGAAAUACACCUAUAACAACGACACUAAUGCAAGUAGAGCUCUUUGGGAAGAAAAGCAAAAUCGCCUAUCGGGCAGUGGUGCUCGUUCCCAGCAGAACAAACGUCUUGAUGAAGAGCGAGAGUUGUUGGACAAAGAGGUACUCAAGAUCCGACAAGCGCGACUCCAAAAGUACUAUGAAACGUGCUACCAAGAAUGGGAGCAAGAGCUGCGAGCUCGAGGUCUAGCGCUUGUACGUGAUCGAGACUAG